UUAGCUAGGUCAGGGGUCAUACAAACAUCGGCUGAUGCGACACGCACGGCAAUGCUGUGUUGAUCACGAAGUGGCGUGAGAGGUGGCCUUAUAAAUCGACAGCACCUCGCGUUCGUCUGUCACUGUGCGCGACGUCCAGCUUCAGAAUAAAAUAAUUACAGAAACAAUCCAAGAUGUCCGCCAAGGCGAUAUAUGAAUCCAAGGGGAAGGAACUCUUGAACAAGUUCCUAAAUGAUGAGGCCAUGAAGAACAGAGUAGCGGAGGUGACGGAAGGUGUGAACUGGGACAAACUCACUCAGGAGAACCCAUGGCUGCUCACAGAGUCGAAGCUGGUUGUGAAGCCUGACCAGCUGAUCAAGAGACGGGGGAAGCUGGGGCUAAUCAAGGCUGGGGCUGACCUGGCCGGCUGUAGGGAGUGGCUCAACGGCAAACUGGGCAAAGACUUCAAGAUUGGUGCUUCAACAGGAAAACUGAAACAUUUUGUCAUCGAACCGUUUGUAGCUCAUCAACAGAAUGAAGAAUUCUAUGUUUGUAUAUUCUCUCACCGAUACGCUGACUCCAUUCUCUUCCACCACGAGGGAGGAAUUGACAUCGGUGAUGUGGAUGCGAAGGCUGUCAAGCUGGAAGUACCUGUCGGGAGUGACCCCACCGCAGACAGCAUCAAGUCACAACUGCUUUCCAAGGCCCCAGCUGGUGCACAGGGUGCCCUGACCAAGUUCAUCCUGUCCCUGUACAAAGUGUAUAAAGACCUGCACUUCACCUACAUGGAGAUCAACCCUCUGGUCAUGACCGAAGGCAAGAUCUACAUCCUCGACCUGGCGGCCAAGAUUGACCAGUGUGCCGAGUUCCUGUGUAAAUCCAAGUGGGGGGAGUUGGAGUUCCCCCCUCCAUUCGGCCGCGACGCUCUUCCGGAGGAAGCCUACAUCGCGGACCUGGAUGCAAAGAGCGGGGCGUCUCUGAAGCUCACUGUCCUCAACAGGAAGGGGCGGAUCUGGACCAUGGUGGCUGGGGGCGGAGCCUCCGUCAUAUAUGCUGACACCAUCUGUGACCUGGGAGGAGCCUCUGAGUUGGCGAACUAUGGCGAGUACUCGGGAGCGCCCAGUGAGCAGCAGACAUACGAAUACGCCAAGACAAUCCUCAGUCUCAUGACGCAGGAGAAGCAUGCCGAAGGCAAGAUACUCAUCAUUGGUGGUGGCAUAGCCAACUUCACAAAUGUAGCUAUGACGUUCAAGGGUAUCGUGCGAGCUCUUUUAGAGUUCCAGCAGAAGUUGAUCGAGUUUGACGUGAAGAUCUACGUGCGGCGAGCUGGACCCAACUAUCAGGAGGGACUUCGCAUUAUGAGAGAACUUGGGGACAACCUUGGCGUACCGAUCCAAGUGUUCGGACCUGAGACUCACAUGACCGCCAUUGUCAGUAUGGCUCUCGGCAAGCGAGAUAUCCCACCUAUGCCUAAACGGCUUCAGACAACUGCCAACUUCCUGCUACCAGGGGGAGCUCUGGCCAAGUCCCCAACCACAAGCCGCAGGGGGUCCUCCAACGAGCUCAACCAAUCAACAUCCUCGACAGCCAGUGCUCAGCUUGAAACGUUGGCCAAUCAGGUGGAGGGUAACAAAGAUAAGAUGUUGUUCACCAAGGGCACCAAGGCUGUCAUCUGGGGCAUGCAGAUGAGGGCGGUGCAAAGCAUGAUGGACUACGACUACGUGUGUUCCCGCAAGGAGCCCUCCGUUGUCGCUAUGAUCUACCCAUUCACAGGUGACCAUAAGCAGAAAUUCUACUGGGGACACAAAGAAGUGCUUAUCCCAGCCUACAAGAACAUGGCUGACUGUAUGAAGAAACAUCCCGAUGCGGACGUGCUCAUCAACUUUGCUUCUCUCAGAUCGGCCUACGAAAGCACAGUGGAAACCAUGAACUUUCCUCAGAUCAGAACAAUUGCCAUCAUUGCCGAGGGCAUCCCGGAGAAUCUCACGCGCCAGCUGGUCAAGACAGCUGAUGAGAAGAAAGUCACAAUCAUUGGGCCGGCCACGGUGGGUGGUGUUAAGCCCGGCUCCUUCAAGAUUGGCAACACAGGCGGCAUGUUGGACAAUAUUCUCUCCUCCAAGCUGUACAGGCCUGGCAGUGUGGCCUACGUGUCUCGUUCCGGGGGCAUGUCUAAUGAGCUGAACAACAUCAUCGCCCUCAACACCAAUGGCGUGUACGAGGGAGUAGCCAUUGGAGGAGAUAGAUACCCAGGAACCACAUUUAUGGACCACAUCCUUCGUUACCAAGACAACCCAGAAGUUAAAAUGUUGGUGCUCCUCGGAGAGGUCGGUGGGGUGGAGGAGUACCGGCUGGUCAACGCCCUGAAGGAGAACCGAGUCAAUAAGCCUGUGAUCGCCUGGUGUAUCGGAACCUGUGCCAAGAUGUUCACCUCAGAGGUUCAGUUUGGCCAUGCAGGGGCAUGUGCAAAUGCAGAGUCUGAGACAGCAGAGGCCAAGAACAAGGCUCUGAAAGAGGUUGGAGCUAGUGUACCCCGAAGCUUUGAUGAACUCGGAACUCUCAUUCGAGAGGUGUAUGAGAAACUGGUGGAGGAGGGCGCCAUUGUGCCCCAGCCAGAGGAAGCCCCACCCACAGUACCCAUGGACUACAACUGGGCCAGGGAACUUGGCCUGAUCCGGAAGCCUGCCUCCUUCAUGACCAGUAUCUGUGAUGAGCGAGGCCAUGAGCUGCUGUACGCCGGCAUCCCCAUCACCGACAUCUUCAAGGAGGACAUGGGCAUCGGGGGAGUCCUCAGUCUACUCUGGUUCCAGAGGAGAUUGCCAAAAUAUGCCACCAAGUUUAUUGAGAUGUGCCUGAUGGUGACUGCCGACCACGGCCCGGCUGUGUCCGGUGCUCACAACACCAUCGUGUGUGCCCGAGCAGGGAAAGAUCUCAUCUCCUCUCUCACGUCCGGCCUGCUCACCAUUGGAGACAGAUUCGGUGGUGCUCUGGACGCUGCAGCCAGGCAGUUCAGUGAUGCGUACGACACGGGUCUGAUCCCCAUGGACUUCGUCAACGACAUGAGGAAGAAGGGUCAGCUGAUCAUGGGGAUAGGUCACAGGGUCAAGUCGCUGAACAACCCUGAUAUGAGAGUGGUCAUCCUGAAGGAAUACGUCCAGAAGAACUUCCCCGCCUCGCCGCUCCUGAACUACGCCCUCGAGGUGGAAAAAAUAACCACAUCCAAGAAACCUAAUCUGAUUCUGAAUGUUGAUGGCUUCAUCGGGGUCUCCUUCGUCGACCUGUUGAGAACCUGUGGCUGCUUCACAAGGGAGGAGUCCCAGGAAUACGUAGAAAUCGGUGCCCUCAACGCCCUGUUUGUCCUGGGGCGAAGCAUGGGCUUCAUCGGCCAUUACCUGGAUCAGAAGCGGCUGAAGCAAGGACUGUACCGCCAUCCUUGGGACGACAUCUCCUACAUCAUGCCCGAAGGGAUGAAUGAAACCCAGUGAAGCUGUGAUCAUCCUGACCAUCAUUGAAACAUGUUGUAGAGAAAGUAGUAUGACUGUUGAUACCGAUCACCUGAUUGUGUGUAUGGAGGAACCCUGAAUGAUAUGUCCAUGUGGAGGGAUCUCAUUUCUUAUUGGGUCCAGUGAGCAAAUAUUAUGAACAAAGAUUUAAAUACACGAACCAUAUUUGCCAUAUUGAACACCCCAUUGUGUAAGUGCCGCUUUUUGUCAAUAUUAUUAGUGACUGGGAAGAUUAUUAGUACGAAUGUGGUAACUUCAUUUACUCAACUUUAGAUUACAAAAUAUUGACGUUCGUCAGUGAAAAGGGUUUUGGUGAAAAUGACCAUUUCACGCACUGAACAAUAUGAUUGUUUGUUCAUGGACUAUAGACUGACAUUUAUGUCACUUAUGUCAGUAGACAUUUGAUCAUAACGAAUAUGGUAUUUGUUAGUUAGCGUCAGUGUUUUAACCACAUAUGAACGUGUCAAAUGAUUUGUUUCGCGGGAAUUGUUGAGGUUUUGUGUUACGGGGAGAUGUUUCAACAUUGCUAAAGUCCACACAUAUGGAUUCUAUUUAUUUAUAUAUAUUAACAGCAUUUUGUUUUGUUAUAUUUUUGCCUUUUGCUUCUCUGAUCUUCCAUUAUGUUUUUGUUGGUUCUUUUUCUUGCAUUCACGCCUGAGCAAUACUGUAAACAUGUCUCUAUUUCAAACAUAUACACUGACAUCAUGCUAUCUUUAAGUCAUCUUCUCGAAGCAAGGGAGCUAACCCACUGGAAAAGUCCAGUUUCCACCCUUUCUCGACUGGGACGGAAUGUUUGGCUUUGAUUGUUGCGUCACCAGUGGCUAUUACGAGUUAUGUCCCUUCUGUGUCCCUCCUACUGACCAAUCAGAUUCCACCUCUCAUAUCACUUGCAUUUGCUUCAAACAAAAUGGCAGCCCCGUGAAGAUGAUCUGAUGGAUAAUCAAUAUGGAUAUUGUCAUAUAUAUUGGUUCUUACUACGCAAAGUGAAUCAAAUUACAUGAGCACCUUCAUUAAAAACAUGAAAAAAUUUGGAAAUAUCAUUUGACGCUAAGUUGAAGGUACACAUGCAAAUCUUGCAGUCGACCGAAAUCUGCAGUUUUCAAACCGAGUGUUGAUUUUGUUAUGCGAUUUUGAUUGGACUAUGCAUAGAUUUGGGCUGGACUAACGAGUCUAACUCGAUCAUUCCAGCCUAGUUCGGCAAGGGUGGAAACUGGAUUUUUAUAGUUAUAACUCCCUUGCCUCAGGAAGAUGUCUUUAAGUCCUCAGUAUAAUCAUUCAGGGUGUCAUCAUUUCAUAUUUCAUAUAUACUUCAAGUAUGGGAUAAUAAAGGCCACUUUGUUAUAGCUGAUACAUUGUUGAUUGCCAUGAAGAAUACAAGAAAUACUUAAAAGAUAAUAAGUUAAUGAGGUCUCACUGUAUCAAUCUCAUUAAAAUCAGAUCUUAGUUCCUGCUACCGCCACACACAGCUUUGUGGUCUAGCAAACGUUAAGUCUGAUUUUAAUGAGAUUGUCACUACAUUGAUAUACAUAGCCAAUAUUUUUUAAUUAUUUUCUUGGUGUACUGUAUUGACAAGCUUUCUGUCUUUGUGGUAAUUCAACAUGUCUAAAUAACCACAAGUGUAUACUACACCCUGCGCAAGUUGAGACUUGAACACUGCUUAUUAUGAAAUCCCUUGAUGUGAAAGCAUCACGCUGUCAUGGAUCUGAUGUCUGGCAUUCCUAUCAUCUGUCUUAAAGACGAUGCUUGAUGUAACAAGUGCCAUUGGCAGGCAUUUGAGUUUGAUGAGGCGCUUCUUGUCCAUUCCAGUUGGCAGUGAUGCUGUUUGAGAUUUAAUGAGCGCUUCCAAGGGACCAGAUUUCAUUCCAGACCAAUGUCCAUUCAUUCACAGUUGACCACAAUGAAUAUGUUGACAAUGAAGGCCAAUACAUGUGCUGAAACUAUCCACAAUCAGUUUCAGAGUUGAUCAAGCACUUAUCAUGGUGAGAGGGGAGAACCCUUUGGAACGGACUAUUUAAUACUUGGGGCAGGGCUGGUGUUGUUUUUUUUCUAAAAACUGAAUAGAUUUUUUAUCCUUACUGCUUCAGGACAUACAAUUUUUGCCUUUGGAAGGAGGAGCUGACCUAUUUUCUUUCCAUUUCUCAUUUAUUCACAUCCAGGAAACAAUUUAAUUUAUUAUUUUAUCUUUUUUUUAAAAUACACCCCACCCCCCACUUCCCAGAAAUUGUCAGCCCUGUGAACUGUGAACACUAUAUUCAUAUGUUUAGUUAUCUCAUGUCUAUUACUGGGGGGCACAGGUGGCCCAGUCUUCUAAGGGGCCGCGAUUCGCUGUGCAGAGUUGCGUCCCUUGGGCACGCCAGAAACCUAUGGUUGUGGGUUCGAAUCCCGGUUCGCCCCGAU